GUCGUUUUCGCUGUAUCGUGAGAACACCGUAGGUAACAGUAAACAAUUGAAAAUAUGCUCGGGAGUUUUUACAAUGCGAUUUUCGUUCGAUUUCGGAUAGUAUUGUUGUCGUAGCCGCGUCGAACGGUUGUUUUUGUUUUUUUUUUUUCACCGCGCGUUAAUAUUUUUAUAAAACGUAUCCGCGUAGAAGCUAUGCGGUCCGAUCGACCACGGUUUCGUAAUACCGUCGAGAACGCGUGAAUCCGCACGAGUCGAGUACAACAAUAGUAACAAUUUCGCGAGGGUCGAUUGCCGUGUAAUAUUAUACCGUCGUCGUAUAUAUAUAUAUAUAAAUAUAUUAUUGUGGAUUUAUCGAGAGUGAAAAACAGAUACCGGCGAACCGAGAUGGUGAGUACCAUUUUGGUUUAUCUCGUACGUUCAAAACGUAAUAAUAACAUUUGAUAAUCACGCGUUUGUUUCGGUUUUAAUAUUGCGUGUUCGUACUACGUCUUUUGGCCCGCAGAAUAAGCGCUCCAGUUGAUUUCGUAUAAUCGUCAUAUAGCAAGCUGAUAGGUUGUAGAUAAUUGGCGCAAUGGCACGUCAUUUAUUGCCGAAUGGCUAAAUAUUGCUACAUUUUAUCGUAGACAAUUUAACUUUUUUGCCGGGCCAAAAGUAACUACAUUGUAUAGCGACUCGUGAUAUUAUUUUAAUUUUCACUAUAACAUUUGUUAUUGUGUAUAGUCAUACACUUAUGCCGUGUAGUACAAAAAAAAAAAAAAUAAAAAAAAAAUAAAGGGAAACCAAUCGCAAAAGAAAACAAGAAUGCCCAACAUUAACUUAAUCCAAACUUCUUUGUGGCCAAAGAUGUAAAGCGCACAACCUAAAGAAAUAUACAAUAAGCCUUGAAAAUAAUGUUUAAUAUUACCCGUUUUGAUUUGGUCUGCAUAUUGUUUGGACAUUUUAGAGAAAAACUACGGUUUUUACGAAAAAUAAUAAGCAAAUAGAAAAUGUAAAUGAACUACAGUAGAAGCCGCUUAUUAGAAACGCGGAUAAUUGAUACAAUCGCGUUAUCGAAACAAAAUGUAUAGGAACGGUCGUAUAUCAAAUCAAUCAAAUUUAUUAGAAACAAUCGGUUAACUGUCCCAAAGUGUUCCUAAUAAGCGGCUCCUACUGUAUUUCAAUUCGCGAACGUACUAAAAAAUUUCUCGCGGUAAUAAUAUAUUGUCGUAUGUACUUUAAAAAAUUCGAUUUUCAAUAAUAAUACGUCAUCUGCGAUGGCUUUUUUGUCGUUAAAAUUGUUUCGGGGAAAUAACCGUAUAUAGGUACGUUUGAAAAGUAUCAAUUUUACACGGUAUUACGAGUGACGUCCGGUCUCAGUAUUAGGUUUUCUUCUUUCGGUUUUCUUUUUACUAUUCCGAGUUUUAUAACAUAGGUUUUACUAUAUGUGUAUUAUUCUUUUUCUUUUUUUAUUGUGAACAAUUUGUCUACAAGAUAUCUUGCUCCGAUUUUCCACGUUAAAGGAUGGAUUUUUGAGAAAAAUGCUGUCUAGGUGGUUCACUGAGGAGAAUAUUAUUUGAUUUCACUUUUAAUUUACUAAAUAAUUGAGGAAAAACUGGGAAUAAAGGAUAAAUGGGUACUGGGAAAAGCCGGAAAAAUUCACGCAAUAAUGGUUUCUGUUAUUUACAAUUUUGGUUAUUUUUUUUAGAAUUUGGUUAUAGAAAUAAUCGCAGAGGCCAAACAUUUUCACUGUUAGCUUAUGUAAAUAUAUUACUUAAUACGUAUUCAGAGUUUUGAAUCAUUGCUUUAAUAAUUACAAUAUUUCAAUUUUAUCUUGUCGAAGUGUUGUCGGAACACUGUUUCUAUAGCGAUACUCAAAUUCGAGUGAUUGUGAUUUUUACUAAGAAAGUAUUUAUAUCGAGGAGUCUCGGUUAAAAAUUAGAGUAUUACCUUAUUGUCACACCAGGAGGCUAAUAUUCACGGAAUACGUAUGUAAACACAAAAUAUGAACUUUUUUGUUUCUCGUGCAUUUCUAUAAUAAUAUCCAAAAUCACGCAUUUAAUAAAGCGCUCUCAAAAAAAUAUAAGUCAGUUGAGACUUUUAUUACGAUCAAUUGGAAACAGAGAAAACCCCCCCCCCCCUAUGAAAAAUAAAAAUAAAUAUAAUAUCAGUAUACUUUAUAGAGAUAACAUUUUUUAGAUACAUAGUCGAUUUUAAUUAAUUAUCAAUACGAUUUUUUUUUUCAUGUAUAAUACAUUUAAUUAUAUUGACAUUUUUUCAUCCUCAUUAAUAUUAUAUACAAUAUUUUUUAAUAUUGUUUUUUUUUUGCGAUCAAGUGGCUACGUUUACAUGUUCUUCACGUUUAUCUAACCGAGUCUCAAUGGCCGCAUCCAUUUGUCCUGAACCCUUAAAUAUUAUGUUAACGAAAAAGGUGAAGUGCAGGAACGUUUAGUAGUCUUAGUUACAAUUCCUGAUUUUUCGUUUGGAUUGUUUGAAGAAAUUUGAAUGAAACUUUUUCAUAAGAAAAGACAAAUUUCGCGCCACCACUGUGCUCGGGAGUUUGAGGCGCUUCCUUGUAGACCUGUAUACAGUGGCUUGCCGAAGGGGGUAAUCGAGAGGCGAUCGCCUCUGAUUUUUUUUUAAAGGGUCUACUUGUGUGACAAUUUUGAAGAAAGCGAUAAAAACUCGGUGUUAAAUCUCCAUGUAUAUUAGCCAAUUCGGACGGUUCGUGGAUUCGUCGAUAGGUAGGUGACUAUUGGAAUACAAUUCUUGCCUCUGAAAAUAUUUAAGUUCGCCACGCCACUGCCUGUAUAUAAUGUAUAACACUAAUAAAUAUUAUUUCGGUUUCAGAUGUUCGUCUUGAUUUCGAUGUUGGCGAUCGCUCACUGCACGUAAGUUUCUAUACUUUAUUUAUCUUAUCCGUAAUUUAUAAGUAAUCGACAAUUUUCUUAAACUAUUCGGUCUGCAUGAAUAAAUAACUGUUAUUAAAUUAUCACAAUUAUCAUAUGAGAUUAGGUGUUCGUUUCUAGCGUCCGACAAACACGAUGUCAAAAAAAAAAAAAAAAUAAUCCGUAUUACGACAAACAAUUAAAAACACACUACUUAUCGUUAGUGACGUAUUUAAGGUGGCAGAUGGAGGAUAGAUAUACUCCCCUUGGAAUUUUGUUUUUUUCAUUUAUGCUACUUUCUGUCCUUCAAAAUAUUUCGAAUACCUUUCAAUACGUCCGGAAAGAAUAACUGGGACAUGGAACUGUAUUUUACAUUUUUAAAAUUGAUUCGUAUUUAUUCGUUGUAUGAUACAAUUUUCAAAUUCGAUAUUCAUUCCCUCGAUAACGGAAUAUCUUAAAAACUACGUCACCGCUCAUUGCUAUAAUCGAACGGUGACGGAAUUCUUUUCCGAUCGACAUAUAAUUAUUAAUUGUUUUCUCUAUAGUCAAAUUCAAAUAUCAAUCAUCAAUUCAGAAUACAGAUUAGUUUGUAGCCUUCCUCCCUAUUCUCUCCUAUCAUCCGCUUUCUUUUUCAUCUGAAUACACGAUACGUAUCCUUUGUCCUUUAUUAUUUGUUGGAUAUUCCCUUUCACUCUCCUUUCAAUAACAUAAUUCUAAAUCGAUUUUAAUAAUCUUUCGUAACGUACUAUGUGAUGACCUAGGUAUCCAAUCGUUUCGUUUUCUAACUACACUUUACCAUAAGAGCGUUUUUCCUAAAAUUCUCACCAGUACUCCGUCAUUGGUUACUCUAUCCAUCUAGCUUAUCCAUAGUACCAAAACGCUCGAACACUUCCCAAUCUUUCACGGUGUUCGGUUGUUUUGAUCCAGGUUUCGCAUUCGUAUAAUAUUAGACUGUAUGCCCCGGACACACGUGUUCAGUAAAUUUGUUCUUGUUUUAUGACGAAUUAAUUUUUUUUUUCAUUUGAUAAAAACUAAUUUGCAUAAAACAAAUGCAUCCGCGGUAUUGUAUUGUCCCCUUAACUGUUCAUCAGCCGUUGCGACUACCGUACGAUUUCCGCGGAACUAAAUAGUCUUCACUUCGGCGUUGUUAUUUACCGGCUCACGUACAAGUGUGCACGGUAAAAAACGGAUUCACAUUUCGUAUUGAUAAAUGCGGUACCGUAGUGCACGGGAGUUUCGUACGGAGUUUUCGGCCGGUUUCCGUAAAACGAACACGCGCCGCCGCCGUCGUCGCCGUCGUCGUCGUGACGGUAAUCGCCGCGAAGAAGACGCGGUUUUUCGAUAGGUGAAUUAUCGUGGUAAUAACCGUGGUCGUGUACCGCGCGGAAAACCAGUUUUUAUCGGGAUAACCUAACCCGACCUAACCCGAGGCGGUUACCGCGUGGAUGUUAUUACUUUAGGUUUUUUUUUUUUAUAUAUAUAUAUAAAAACACGCGCGCGCGCGAUUGUUCCAGCGGUUUCCAGCGAGUUCCUCGCAGACCGUAAUAUUAUUACGGGCGACGCUGCGCGCUGUGUGCACCGGACGAGGGGAGUCGUCGUUAAUCAUUCUACCGGUCGCGGCUCGUUAUUAUUGUUUUUUAUUUUUAUUUUAUUACCAAUUACAUCCGUUUUAUCGGAUCCGAUCGCUGGCAGUGUAUUUAUACGGUUUCCGUCCGAUAGCCUACCAAAUAUACUGCGCGAGGCAUGAACACUUUUUUUUUUUUCUAAUUAAGUAAUAACCGUAAAACUAUGUGUAUCUAAAUAAUAAUGUUAAUUCGAUUCCGCCCGGGGGGUCGUAUAUAUUAUACCGGACGCGGUAAACCGAGACUCUGCAACGGUAUCGAAAAUCUUGCGGUAACGUAAAUAAACGGAAAGUAUAAUAUACGAGACAAGUAGGCAGUGUUAGCGUUCAAAUUAUGAAUGGGUACCUCUACUUAUACGUAAUCCGCUGCAAUAUAUCCCGAGAUAGUAAACAUAACAAAGGUGGCCGUUUUAUAGAGUUUAUUAUUUUGAAAAUGUUGACGUUUCAACGAGUAAUAUUAUAAAAAAAAAAAAAAAAAAAAAAAAAAAUACACAAUUGUAUUAUUUUUAUUGUCUCCCGAGAUUAUACAAUGGGUAUAUUAUCUUCGUGAAAUGCGUUAGACAGUUUUACUAAAACCUUUUUUUACCUGCACCAGAAAACACAGGGUGCAAAUGUUCCAAAUUAUUCACAUCGUACCUCAAACGAUGCGGAUUUUACUUCCAGCGGUACUUUAUUUGAAAACAAUAUCUAGAUUUCCAAUAUUUAAUAUAAAAACGACGGACAUAAUUCGCACGUUGGUACAGCCACUGUUGCAGGUGAGAAAUUGGUAAGGUAGUAGAAGAAAAAAUUCAAUGUACAGCAACGAUAAACUAUUGCUAACGGAAAAACCAUUCUGAGCGGAGUCCGGUUGAUAGUGUUGUUUUUUAAACAAUAUAUAUAUACCAAAUUAUGGUAAAAUAAUUACAAAGUUGUUCACAGAAAAAAAAAUCGUAAUAUUUUUUACUGAAAAUUUCGAUAAAUUAACUAAUGCGUUGUUUAAACAAAGUCAAAAAGUAAUUUAUUUAAUUAUAGACAUAUAUUAGCAAACGAAUUAUCAACGAAUAUAAACGAUUUAAUAAUUUUGUUUUUACCUAAUUAUUUUAUAAAAAUAAUUAGUAUAUUUUCCCGUUUUUCUUCCGUUUUUUCGGUUUUUAACAUUUGAUGAGAAAAUCGAAAAUUGAUCUCGAUUUUCUUUCAGAAAAAGUUGUUGCGUACAUACAAAAAAAAAAAAUCUUUGUAAAACUUUAAACUUCUCCGCUCCACUCAAAAUCUAAAAUCAACAUUAAAUGCUGUUAUAGAUGUUUUAUUUUUGUUAAUUUUUGAAUUUCCCGGCUACACGAAAAAAAAAACACGUUGAAAACAUUGUUUUUUGAUCGAAAUGAUUUAUUAUUGGUCUCGGUAUAAAAUUUGAAACAGCCUAUAUCCUGUACAUGGCAAACUUUCCAUUUAUAACACAGUGGCUAUACCCAUAGACAGUGAUGCGAAUUUUAUUUUAUUUUUUUUUUUUUUUGUUCAAGAAUCAUGAUUAGAAAAAAGAAUAUUAAUAACCAAUAAACAUAAUUUUACUUUUUAAAAAACAUUGUAAUAACAUUAAUAUCAAGUUAAAUGUAUAAUCGAUACCUAAACUAAUAACUUUACCGGACCCCUACAGGGAGUUGCAGUCAAUCAGAAGCGGCGACCGGGAGAACAACAGCAUAGAGCCGAGCGGACAAUUGACAGCCACCGCCGCGGCCAGCGAAAACACGGCGGCCGUAGGGCUACCCGUGGAGACGACGACCGCAGGUCGAUCCGCAAGACAGUUUUACCCAGCGGCGGCCUUCGGGUACAUGCAGACGUCACCGUACGCUAACCGGCGGGCGUACAAGGUGGCCGCGGGCCAACUCAACAACAAGAGGCCGCUCAGAAAGAAAUCUGGACGUCGCCCCAGGCCGAAGCGCAGGCCGGCCGCAGGGAUGUCGCAGGCCCGGUACAGGCGGUUGCCCAUGCAGCAGAUGCGCCCGCAACACGUCAACUAUGUCGACCCAGCGGCGGCGGCCGUAGACUAUUACGACGACGGCGGCGCCGGUUUGGAAUCGGUCCCGCAACCCGUGCCGUUCGACUUUGGACCGGAGCGGGAAUUCAACCGUGAAACGGCCGCGGCAUAUGCGGUGUACGGGACGAACAGUAUGGGUCCAAUCAGUCCACUGGCCGUCGCGGUGCAGUCCAUGUCCGGCCGGUCGCGCAAGCGUCCCGCGGCGUCCGUUACCGGGUACGGACACGACGGCGACGUACCGCUGCAGGCCAUCGUGCACGUCCCGGUGCGUGUCGCCAGGCCAGCCGUGCAGCCGACGCCGACAGCCGCCGCCUUCGUCGCCACCACCGCAGAAAACGUCAUACCGACCGCCGACCUACAUCAAAUGGAGGACAAACUCAGACGGUUGGUGCACGAGGCCAUGGACGAGCACUUUGCCGCCCGUCACCAGGAACUGUACUCGGACGGUUUCGACAAACUGCAGCACCCGGUGUACAGCGCCAAGUACAAGAAGCGCGGCGGCGGGCUGACGGCGGACAAUGAGAACGGCAACGGUCCGCAUCGGACCACCACCGACGCGACGGUCAAAUCGGCCGCCAAGAAUAAGGACACGUCGCACCAGUCGUCGUCGGACGCGGACGCUGACGGUUCGGACGAUCGGCUGACGCUGGCCGAGAUAUCGGCGUACAUGGGCGCCAAACCCGCAGAGACGGUGCUCAGUGCCGGCGGACACCGGUACGUACUGUCCGACGCCCUGCAACACAGUUACCGGUUACAACACCAACAACACCAACAGCUACAGCAGCGGAUGUACGACGACGGUGACGACCGAGAUGACCAUCUUCACCAUCAGCAGCAGCAGCGGACGUACGGCGACGGCGAUGGCCAUCAUCACGAACCGCAGUACUUGCGUUACGUGUCGCCUUUAGAGGCGCUCUACGAGUUACCGUCCGCCCGGUGGGCGUACCGGUGAUCCGGUCGUCCGACACGCGAAUCCACACGGUAAAACGAGUUCGGCGGCGACGUUGGGCCGUUCAUCCGUUCGUUUUCAUCGCGGACAAAUCGAUUUGUCGGUUGUAUCACUUCUCUUCCGUGUUUUUUUUUUUUUAUUUAAUUUAUUUAUAUAUAUAUAUACAUGUAUUACGUUGUAUUGUUAUAAAAUUUAAUAUUUUUCGUACGUUUAGUAAUGACGAUUAUUGUUCGUGUUUACAACCAUAUUUUCACCAAUUUUACCCUAUAACUAAUUAAGGGUCAUGCUCGUUUUUUUUUUUUUUUUUUUUUUUACAAAUUUUUAACAAUAUUUAAUUUAUAAUCAAACUAUAAUAAUUACACCUUUGGGUAAUAAUUUUGGACAUUCAAAAUCCGAAACGCGACCUACGAGAAGUCUACAUUUUUCCAAAAAAUAAUAAAUAAAAAAGUUAACGAAAUCGGACCACUCUACGAGGCAGGAAUGAUAACUGUGUAAAGCGUACGUGUUUCGCAGGACGAAAAACGGGUUGCGCGUAGUACUCCCGAAACGUAUCCGUGCUGUACGCUUCGGCGCUUCAACGUUUAUCCGGCAGGGGUCCUGAAACAUAAAUAUCUGCUUCGAGAGUAGUCACGAGAGUAGUCAACUAAUAAUUAAUGCCUAUUUCUUAGGCGACAUUUCGUUGAAAUUAUAUCGACGUCUGAGCAGGCGGGAUCCUGGCUCCCCGGACCCCUUAAUCCCCCGUAAAUCAGCCACUGCUUAAAACGUAUCAUUUUAAAAUCUAACAACAGUCAAUAACGUUAUGUCGCCGUCUAAUGUAUCGAUUAAUGAAAACCGUACAUUUUAUGCAAUAAUGUUGAUAAAAACUAAUUCGCACGAAUAAAUACGUCAAUCCAGAAUUGUUGUGGAGGGACCGUAAUCUUCCGGGGCAUAAAAACAUUCUGAGGGGAUUAUGCUCUCGUCGUAGUCCCCUGUAAUAUCCGUCUAUGUAUUACACCGGACCAACGACGCGCGGAUUGGGUUUGUCGAAUUUCGAUCAAUUUCGUAGGCGGUUCCGGUUUAGAGCUACCCGUGUGUUAAAUGUUCUAAAACAAACAAAGUUGAUAAUUCCCGAAGAUAGGUAAAACGACGAGUGAAUUACGUUGCGUUGAUUACCCCUGUAUAAUACGUUUACAAAACAGUAAACGUCUCUCAUUUUAAUCCUGUAUUAAAUUCAAUCCGGAUUAACGGCGUAAACGUAGUAAAUAUUAUUUUAUGCGCACAUACCUAUACUUGAGUUUUUAUAUGAAAAAAAAAAAAAAAAAAACGUUUCGUUAUCAUCGUAAUACACAAUCGUUUCGCGUAUCCGUGUCGUUACGGAUUCCAUUGCGGCCUCCUCGAUUCAAUACGAUUGAAUACGUAAUCGGCUCUUCCAUUAUUCUUCCUUUCCACAUUAUAUUAUUAUUUACUUAUCAUACUCACGUUUUCCACAUUUCACAUAAAUAUUGUGUUUUAUUAUAAGAAACCGCGCGUACCGGUUUCGAUAUAACUGCGGGACUAUUAUAUUGCGGGUUGCGAUUACAACCGUGAUUUACGUUUGUGUACACUCGAAUUAGUUUUCUAAAUGCGAUUUACCUACUUACCAGAUUAUUAAUCUUUUAUACAGAUACUUACCGCGGCCAUUUUCGUACACGGGCAGACUUUCUAACGUCCGGAAUCGCAGACGUUUUAUCAGGUUUUCGGCCGAACCGAAAGCAAAAAAAAAAACCGUUUAUACUUAUAUACCUACUAUAGGUAUUUGUAAAAAAAAAAAAAAACUCCUCGAGUGAAGUUAAAUACGAUACACGUGUAAACAUGAAAUUACGGUUUUUAUUAUUUUUAUAGUUUAUUAUACAUGUUAUUAUUUAUGUCUAUAGUAUAAUAAUAUAUUUUGUAUUAUGAAAACGAUAAAUAAAUAAAAAUAUUAAUC